GUUUCAUUUCUUCUUCUUCAGCCGAAGGUCAAGCAGGCAAAGAAAUAUGCCGCCAUGAAGCGCAUGAUUAACUUGAAAGACUCGAGAAUAAACAAGAAAGACCGGCUCAAAAAGAAAAGGAAGAGACCUGAUCCCCAGAAUCUUACAGUGAGAGAGUUACCUCAGGCCUCGUCCGCCUUAUUCUUCAAGUACAAUGAACAGCUUGGACCACCUUAUCAUGUUCUCGUUGAUACCAACUUCAUCAACUUCUCCAUCAAGAACAAACUCGACAUAACGAAAUCUAUGAUGGAUUGUCUCUACGCCAAAUGUAUUCCAUACAUCACCGACUGUGUGAUGGGCGAGCUUGAGAGGCUUGGAAGCAAGUACAGAAUUGCUCUCCGACUGGCCAAGGACCCCAGAUUCCAAAGGUUGCCCUGUCUUCACAAAGGGAUAUACGCUGACGACUGUCUCGUUCAGAGGGUAACCCAGCACAAAUGUUACAUCGUUGCGACAUGUGAUAAGGAUCUGCGUCGACGAAUCAGAAAGAUCCCCGGAGUUCCUCUAAUGUACCUCUCACAACAUCAAUACACCAUUGAAAGAAUGCCAGAUGCUUUUGGAGCUCCAAAGACAUAACUUUUAUCCUAUUCCAACAUUUGACUGUAAAAUUAUGUGAAUAAAGACAAGAAACAAUAGUGGUGAAUGAUAA